AUGGCCACCUCCCAACCCAACCUCUACAGCUUCCCCAACACUGAAGCGCUGGCCAAGCAAUUGCGGUCUUACGUCCUGCGCUGCCAGAAUGCCGCUUUGACCCGCCACGACACCUUCCGCGUCGCCGUCUCGGGCGGUUCCCUUCCCGUCGUGCUAGCCAAGGCCCUCCUGGCCGAGAGCAAUGGCUCCCCCGAGGAUACCCCGCAGUUCAGCAAAUGGCAGAUUUUCUUCGCUGAUGAGCGCGCCGUGCCCCUCGACGAUAAGGACAGCAACUACCUCCUCCUGAAGGACGAAUUGCUCAGCAAAAUCCCCGCGGAGCUCGGUGCUCCGACCGUCCACCCCAUCGAUGAGAAGCACGUCCACGACGGUGACACCCAGGCAUUGGCCGACGUUUACCAGGAGGACUUGAUGCGCUCGUUUGCCGCCAAGGAAAGCGUCAAGCUACCCGUCUUCGACCUCAUUCUUUUGGGCUGUGGUCCGGAUGGCCACACCUGCAGUCUGUUCCCGGGUCACGAGCUCCUGCGCGAGAAGGACGCUUGGGUGGCUCCCGAGACCAACUCUCCCAAGCCCCCGCCUAAGCGUAUUACCCUGACCUUGCCCGUGGUUACCUCUGCCUUGAACAUUGCUUUUGUGGCUACCGGUGGGGGCAAGAAGGAAAUUAUGAAGGCCAUCUUCGAUAACGAGGAAGGCCGCAGCCUCCCCUCGGCUCUGGUAAACCACGGUGCUGGUGACAAGGUCAGCUGGUUCACUGAUCACCCCGCCGUGGAGGGCAUUGCAUUCCCUCGUCGUGGUAGCCUGUGA